AUGCUGCUCCUGCUGCCCCUGCUCUUCAGGGGACUCCUCUGCCAUGGGGCAAGCCAGGGGGCUCCCCAGGUUCCAGGACCCCACACUCCAGCAGUGGAAAAGCCCCCCUCUUUCCGCAUGCUCCAGACCUCCUUCUUUGCCAACCACAGCUGGGCGCAGAGCCAGGGGUCAGGUUGGCUGGGUGACCUGCAGACUCAUGCCUGGGAUGACACCUUGAGGACCAUCCGCUUUCUGUGGCCCUGGUCCCGGGGCAAUGACAGCGAGAAGGAGCUGCAUGACUUCCAGGCACUUCUGCAGUUGUACUUCCACGGUUUCCCCCGGGAAGUGCGGGCCUAUGCCAGUCAGUUCUAGUUUGAAUACCCCUUUGAGCUCCAGAUAUCCCUGGGUUGUAGACUGCAUCCUGGGGAGGCCUCAGAAAGCUUUUUAAAUGGAGCGUAUAGAGGAUCAGAUCUCCUGAGUUUCCAAGGAGACUCCUGGCAGCCUUCUCCAGGAGCAGGCAGCCGGGCCCAGAAUGUCUGUCAGGUGCUCAGUCGCUACCGAGAAGUUAAAGAAAUAGUGCAGAACAUUCUCAGAAAGUCCUGCCCCAGGUUUCUGGUCAGCCUCCUUGAAGCAGGAAAGUCAGAAUUGGAGCGCCAAGAGAAGCCCGAGGCCUGGCUGUCUAAAGGCCCCAGUCCUGGGCCGGGCCGUCUGCGACUCGUGUGCCAUGUCUCUGGCUUCCUCCCGAAGGCCGUGUGGGUGAUGUGGAUGCGGGGAGAGCAGGAGGAGCGGGGCACUCAGCGAGGUGACGUCCUGCCCAACGCCGAUGGCACGUGGUACCUCCGCGCUACCCUGGAUGUGGCAUCGGGGGAGGCGGCCGGCCUGGCUUGCAGAGUGAGGCACAGCAGCCUCGGCGGCCGGGACAUCGUCCUCCCCUGGGGUGGAUACUCCAUCUUCCUGAUACUGAUCUAUUUGACUGUAAUAGUCACCCUGGUCUUGGUUGUAGUUGGCUCAUGUUUUAAAAAACAGAGCUCCCAGCAGAACGUCUUCUCUUCCCAUGCACUCAGCCCUGCCUUUCCCACAGGGGCCAGUACCCAGGGCCCCAGGAGUGCAGGUUACCAGCUCUACUGGGGACAGAUAUUGUGGAUUAAAAACAUAUUCUUGAUGAAAUGGAAAACGAGCCUAAAACAACUUUGGUAA